CCAGCUGGGGCACCCUGACCCUCCGGCCAUGCCCUUCUGCGCCUGUGCAGGGGACAGCAGAGGGGAAGCUCGGGGACUGACAUCCCAAAGGCCUGGUCCCCUCCUUGCUCUCGCAGCCAGUCCUUGCUGUAGGACAGUGACCCAUGUCUGCAGCCCGACCCAGCCCACCCACAGAGCCCCCAGCCCACCCACAGAGCCCGGCGUCCCAGAGCUGCUGGGGGCACGGUGGUCGGGAAGUGAGUGGUUGAGCAGUCCUUCGCAGGGCUGCUGCCAGGUAUCAGCCUCGGAGGUUUCCCUGAAACAGAGCCAACACCCGCAAAGACCUGGGCAGACCGCAUGGGCCAGGGGGUCAGGGGACCGGGUCCCUCAGAGGUGUCAGAAAAACGCUCCCAGGAGGACGCCAGGCUGCUGAGGCCCGUGGCUGACACCAGGGGGCAGGGCGGGGCGGCGGGGACAGCUCCGGAGGAGGGAGCCGCCCAGACCCAGCCCGGGGGACGUACGAAGAGCGGGCGUGGUGGGCGCCUGCUAGCUCCGGCUUGCGGUGUUGGGCCUUGCUCGUGGAGGGGAGAGCCCCGGGCCCCGGCCGCCCCGCGCCGUGGCCGGGAAGGGGGACACAGCCCACGCGUGCGGCACCCGACGGCUUCUCCCAGCAGCCCGAGCCCCAGUGCAGGCGACGGCCCGGCCCCUUUGUGCCUGGCGUGUCACGCGCGGACGCUCCCGCCGCCGCGCCCGGUAGAGGCCCCCGGCACCCCGGGCCCCUUUCCAAGCACAACAGCGGCCCCGCCGCGGCCCCGCGCUGACCCACUUUCCCUCCCGCCUCCUCGACCCGAGGCUGAGAAUCCAGCGGCCGCCGCCAAGCAGAUCUCAUCCCAUCAGUUGAAGACCUUAAGAGAAAAGAGACUGACCUGCUCUGAGCAAGGAGGAAUUCUGCUGGCAGACUGCUCGUGAACUCCAACUUGGAAUAUCAGUCUCCAGCCUACCAGCUUACUCUGCAGAUUUUGGAUUUACGAAGCCUCCACAAUCGCAGAAGCCAAGUCCUUAAAAUAAAUCCCUUAAAACAGUUCCCUAAAAUAAAUUCUUCAAAAUUCCUUAAAAUAAA